AUGUGUGCUGCUAUAUUAAAAUUUGUUAAAUUAGGACCCAGCGCAGCCACAAGGCUCCACAGAAGCCUGCAAACAAGUUCCCUGCGAUGCAAGUUGCGGAAUGCGGCGCCGGCCCCCGAUGUGGAAAGAAAGCUUCUAUUUAAUGACCGGUUGCCGGAUACGUAUAGAUUAAUCUAUCGUGCACCAUUAGAAAAUUAUGUAAGCUGGACCAAGAAUGUGUCUACGGCGACGGUUUCUAUGCUUGGCCUGGUGGCCGCCUUUCACUUUGCCACGAACAUGAAUUUGGAAAACAUCACCCAAAAAAUCAACAUAUCUUUGCUGGUGUCCCAUGAAUCAGAUUUGUAUUACUUCUUGGCAGGAUUUGUGCUAAUCAACCUGGCCAUACGCACAUUUGUGGCCAAAUAUCCCCUCAGGAUUUAUAAGAGUGCUGAUAAAUAUGUGGCUGUUUAUGGAUCGCAGCUUCCGUUGGGAACUGUGAAGCAUUAUUUCGAAAGGGGACAGAUUGCUGAAUACAGGAACGUACUGAAUCCUUGGAGCCACAUUAUGUACAGGCUGGGGAACCGCUCUUCCAUGCUACUGAUCGACUACUUUAAGACGCCGUCAGAGUUUCACCAGCUGUUUGCGGAAAAAUGAUUGCGUUUUCUUUUGAGUUAUACUUGAGUUAGGAAUGUUGAUUAUAUAGAUUUAUACAGCGAUCCACACAA